AUGACGUUUCAAUGUUCAGGUACUGCUUCUCUACCGACACUUGACAGCAAACCACAAUGUAACACAAAGCUCCUGUUUCACAAACCAUCGGGCCAACGCAAACUAUCACUAGCAUUCCAGACCUGAUAAGGGUUACAUUUAUCAGGUCAUAUUGUAUAUACUUCUAACAACCCUCACAAGCCUCGCCAUUUACUUGCAACACAUGAAUUAUUCUCAUUAACCUCUUUUACAUUUUGGACUGAGUUCGAUAUGGCCUCAGGAGGCAUGAGACAAUGUAUUCAGGAUAUCACUCCCUACUUACUUUUCCUCAUAUUUAUCUCGACUCUUGGCCCUCUACAAUUUGGCUUUCAUUUGUCUGAAUUAAAUGCUCCCCAAGAUGUCAUUACAUGCAAGAAACAAAGUCGUGUCGAAUCAACGGUUCGUACCGGACUUCCACAGUGUAUCCCUAUGACCGAAGCCGAAUUUGCCGCCCUUUCGUCGCUCUUCGUUCUAGGUGGAUUAUCAGGAGCACUGGGUUGUGGCGCCGUAUCGACAAGUUAUGGAAGAUUGUUCGCCAUGAGAAUUACGAGUGUUUGUUUCAUACUGGGAUCAAUUUUGGAAAUCUUCGCCGGCACAGUUCCAAUGAUGUCUAUUGGCCGGUUCUUCUCAGGCAUUGGUGCUGGAGCAUCGACUGUCGUCGUGCCAAUCUACAUCUCAGAAGUUGCACCGCCUAAAGAAAGGGGAUUGUUUGGAUCCAUGACACAAAUUACCACGAACGUAGGAAUCCUACUCACUCAGGUUCUGGGCUAUUAUCUGAGUAAAGGGUCGAAGUGGAGAAUUAUACUGGCAGUUGGAGCUGGACUUGGAUUGUUACAAGGAGUUGGACUUUUAUUCAUCCCGGAAAGCCCAACAUGGCUUGCCGCACAUAAAGACACGCAAACAGCCACGAGAACCCUCCAGCGAAUUAGAGGACAUGGCUAUUCGAUUGAGGAAGAGAUUCAACAUUGGGACAUUAAGCCAUCCGAAGAGGAAGAAGAGCGUCUUUUACUUGACCCAGAGCUGACUAGGAGGGACUCUGUUGCCAGCAAGUCAUCCUCACAAAAAUCCAUUCCUAAUGUUGGAUUCUUUCAAGUCAUUAAAGAUCCCUUCUAUCAACCUGCAGUCAUUGCCGUCAUUGGUAUUAUGUUUGCUCAACAACUUUGUGGCAUCAACAGUAUUAUCAUGUAUUCCGUAUCACUUUUGUCUGGCCUUCUCCCCGUCUCUUCAUCUAUCAUUACAAUUCUUAUUUCGGUAGUUAAUCUCGUGGCAACUGUCGCAUGUGCUCCAUUAGCCGAUAAGAUUGGUCGAAAAGCAUGCCUCCUGCUUUCCAUAACUGGUAUGGGCACCAUGUCUCUUUCAUUAGCAUUAUCGCUUCGUUGGGAAACCAAAAUUCUCUCUGCGAUUUCAGUCAUUCUAUUCGUCACAUUCUUCGCUACAGGUCUUGGUCCUGUUCCUUUCAUGAUGGCAUCAGAGUUCGUCGGUCCAGAGGCUGUGGGUGCGACGCAAAGUGUAGGUUUGGCAGCCAAUUAUCUUGCCACUUUUCUGGUAGCCCAAUUUUUCCCCAUAAUCAACUCGAGCUUGAACAAAGCUUUGGGGGGUGUGGGAUGGGCGUACUUUAUAUUUGCAGCCUUGGCAGUGUUGUGUGGAAUAUUUGUUAGUUGGAAAGUCCCUGAAACUAGAGGCAAGAAAGAUGCCGAUGAAGUCUGGGGAAGGCAGAGAAGAGUCGAUUGAAUAAGAAUGACAAACUCUUAGUGCAGGAUGUACAGGAUGAUAUUAGGAUUAGCUCGGCGUUAGGUGUUGAUACUUUUUAACACAUAUUCACAAUUUAUUUUAAAGCGGAAGCUGUAUUGUAUAGUUGGUAUCAGACUUGUAGUCACUCAUAAUUUAUCAUUGCGUGCUAGACAAUUCAGUUCUCCGCCACAACUUUUUUGGAGACAACACCAAGUGACCUGCUUUUUUAUUUCAAAAUCAUCAACCUCGAACCUCUUUUCAAUGCUUUACGAUUCUUCGUUGUUACUUCACCUUGAGCCAAAUUCCCAAGGCAAACAACCG